ACUUUCAAAUUUCCAGAAUUGUAUCACUUUUCUGACUGAAUUAUUGCUUUUGUCCUGCGGCCGGCUUGCAAGGUUUAGUAUUUUUACUCCAUUGCUAGAGUCUGUAGGUUCUGCCUGCCUUGUCAAUGGCUCUGCCGUUAGAAGAGAGGUGCAAGAUCAGAAGGGAUGCAUCCUCAAGCGCAGACGGAGAGUCCAUUCCAGCUCUUCAUCCAUCUUGGACAAGUGAGAUAUCAUUCCUGUGUUAUGAAGCACCGCCGCAGUCUCGCGGAGAUGGAUCGCAAGCUGCCACGGACGAGUGGCUGGAGCGUGCCGAAUUCAUCUUGGAAGAUGUAAACUGGCUGCUGCAACAAUCCCACGAGCUGUUCUGGUGUCAGGUUGUAUUUGACAAGUCCUUGCACAAGCUCCUGGACACGUUCCUGGCCAGCGCACCGCGGCCCAGCGAUCCGAUACAGCUGCCGAAACCAGUGUUGGACACACAAGCCAAGCUACAUCAGCGUAUGUUCAUGGUCUUCUUGCGUAUGGCCACGCACAAGGAAGGCGAUGACGAUUUCUUCACGCCACCUGUGUUUGGCACUAUUCUCUACAACAACUACUUGUUUGAUAUUCCAAAGCUGGUUGACCUGUGUGCACUGUAUGGAGAUGAGGCAUGCUUCUCUGUGGAAGAAUCCGACGGUGCCAGUCACAUCAGCCAGCUUCUUCAGCGCAUGCUAAAGAAUAUAUUCACUCAGAAACCAGAGUACUCGGAAGAUCUGGUUGCAACUGCCAAUAGUGCUGUGCUGGCUACUGAAACCAUUCUGCAGACGCUGAACACCAGCAGCCUGUCCGGUGUAUCGCUAUUGGACUGUGUACUGUAUUGCUACGAUGUCUGUUCGUCAUUCUCCCUAUUCUGUGUCGUCUACCCGCCAGCAUCUCAAGUACUGAUAGAUGCCGGCAUGUUGGACAAGCUGUUGCAGAUUGCCGCUAUGCUCAAGGGUGCGCUGCAUCAAUUGCAAAGUGAUCGCAGCGUUUCGCCAGAGUUGGCUGCUUUCCUCAGCUCUCGUCUGCCGACAAUGUGUGCGCGGCUCCUCUGCUGCUUUCUGUUUCGUCCUACGGCGUCCAAGCAUGAUCGCAAAUCCACAAUGUCUGCUAUCAACUCUGUGUCGUCCCAUUGGCCUGAGAUGCUUGCACGUAUGGACGACUAUGGAAGGGGUAUGCAGCAGCAGCUAGAAGAUCUGCGUGUCCUGGAUAAAUCAGACGUACACACUCUACUUGAAAAGGUGCGAGCUGCAUGCAGAGCGCAUCGCUCCUCUUCUGCAACUGGUACGUCAUCAGCUACUGCAGAAGCAGCAGAGGCAGCUGGAGCAGCGGCAGCAGCAGGCCAAGCUUCAUCUUCAGCUGCAUCCUCUUCAGCUAUGCCACUGUCAUCAUUUGGAGCUGCUGAAGCAGAUCCUGUAGCUAUUGCUGUCAGUCAAGUACUUGACCUGUUGCCUGAUACUGAUGUAGAGCUUGCUCGUUCUGCAGUCAUGCAGGCCAGUGGAAGUUUUGAGAAAGCCGUUGACCUAAUCCUGGAAGGCAAGGUGGCCAAUCUAAGCCUUGAACCUGUCCCAGAGAUGCAGCAGGAGGCUCCUCGUACAAAGGCGUCCAGUGCUCAGUCUGCUAGCUGCCGUGCAACUAGCUUUGUUCUUGAUGGCAAAGGUCAUGAUGACUCUGUUGCUGCUGUACGGGCCACAUUGGAUGCACUCGAGGAACGAGAGUUCCAAGAAACAAUCACAGGCUAUGAUCAGUAUGAUGAUGAUUAUGAUGACACAUAUGAUUCUCAGCUAGCAGGGGACAUGCCGGGUGCCGGUGGCGAGGACCGUGAAGAGUUUGUCAUCCGGCGACUCAAUCAGAAAGCGCCGCUUUUCCGCCUACACACGUCGGGUACGGAGAGCGAAAAUGGCACUGAAGACGAGGAUGGUGAGGAUACGCAUCAGCAUGGUUCUAAUGGUACUGGUAAUGGUGUUGCCCGGUCAGGUGCUACAGGAUCACAACAGCCACAUCAUGGCGGUGCUGGACAUCGGCAGAGUGGCGGCGGUGGUGGUGCACAUCGUGGUGGUGCUGCUGCAGGUGGUCGUGGCGGUGGCCGUGGGGGCCAGCGUGGAGGAGGCCGAGGUCGCGGUGGUGGCAAGCAACCUACCACCGCUGAGGAGCGCAAAUCCUACGCUCGCAAAGAGCAGCACAAAAGCUCGCGCGCCAAUCACAGCCGCAAGUCUGGUGCCGACUGGAAGCGGCGUGGCAUGGGUGGCAUUAACGCUGCUCCAACUCCGCAGCAAUAGCACUCCUGCACUGUGCGCUCUGGCAGGAUGUUAGCAGCAAGAUUCUGAGCAAACGUUUGAUGUGUCCUCUGUCUGGAGGGAUUUUAUGUUGCGUUUCGAGCAUUCUGUUUGACCCAGGCACACAUGUUUCGUUACAACACUGUUUCUGAUUCACGUCUCGUUAGUUGGAUGCUGUGCUGGUCAAUUUAUGACUGUGGUGCUGGGUCACUACUGCCUUAUUCCUACAGUAUACGUAAUGCAUGCACUUCAUUUCUGGGUUUUUUCAAUUCCUUCAAGACCAAGACCAGACAUUGCUGCGAGAAACACCUUUACGACAGUUAUUAUUUUUGUUUCAAUCUCAUGUUCUUUGAAUAGGACUGCGUAUUGUUCUCAUAAAAUACUUUGGAUCAACAAGAAAAAUAGUUCAUACCAAUGUUGGCACGUGUUAUCAACAAUCUUUGAAUAAAGCACUUCAAGUAGGCAUGCACGCAUCGCAAAGAGCCAGUUAUUUCAAGCAGUGAUUCUCUUGCUGUGCUAUCAACAUAUGUCGGUGUAGUUGUGAGAAGAGGAGAGAUGGAUCAUUUCA